ACCAAACUCCUAUGAAGUUAAGGCUGGGAAGUUGUUUUCUGUAACCUCUUGAGAUAAGGUAUUAAGUCAUGAUGCAGGAAUCUGCGACAGAGACAAUAAGCAACAGUUCAAUGAAUCAAAAUGGAAUGAGCACUCUAAGCAGCCAAUUAGAUGCUGGCAGCAGAGAUGGAAGAUCAAGUGGUGACACGGGCACUGAAGUAAGCACAGUAGAACUGCUGCAUCUGCAACAACAGCAGGCAUUGCAAGCAGCCAGGCAACUGCUUCUACAACAACAGACAAGUGGGCUGAAAUCUCCUAAAAAUAGUGAUAAACAAAGACCACUACAGGUGCCUGUGUCAGUGGCCAUGAUGACUCCCCAAGUGAUCACCCCUCAGCAAAUGCAACAGAUUCUUCAACAACAAGUUUUGUCUCCUCAGCAGCUUCAAGCACUUCUUCAACAACAGCAAGCAGUUAUGUUACAGCAGCAACAACUUCAAGAGUUUUACAAGAAACAGCAAGAGCAGUUACAUCUUCAGCUUUUGCAGCAGCAGCAGCAGCAACAACAACAACAACAACAACAACAACAACAGCAGCAGCAGCAACAGCAGCAGCAGCAGCAGCAGCAGCAGCAGCACCACCCAGGAAAGCAAGCAAAAGAGCAACAGCAGCAGCAGCAACAACAACAACAGCAGUUGGCAGCCCAGCAGCUUGUCUUCCAGCAGCAACUCCUCCAAAUGCAACAACUUCAACAGCAGCAACAUCUGCUGAAUCUUCAGCGUCAGGGACUCAUUUCCAUUCCUCCUGGCCAGCCCACUCUUCCUGUCCAGUCAUUGCCACAAGCUGGCUUAAGUCCUGCUGAGAUUCAGCAGUUAUGGAAAGAAGUUACUGGAGUUCACAGUAUGGAAGACAAUGGCAUUAAGCAUGGAGGGCUAGACCUCACUACUAACAAUUCUUCUACUACCUCCUCUACCACUUCCAAAGCAUCGCCACCAAUAACUCAUCAGUCCAUAGUGAAUGGACAGUCAUCAGUUUUAAAUGCAAGACGAGACAGCUCAUCACACGAGGAGACUGGAGCCUCUCAUACUCUCUAUGGCCAUGGAGUUUGCAAAUGGCCUGGAUGUGAAAACAUUUGUGAAGAUUUUGGACAAUUUUUAAAGCACCUUAAUAAUGAACAUGCACUGGAUGACCGAAGCACUGCUCAGUGUCGGGUGCAAAUGCAGGUGGUCCAACAAUUAGAAAUACAGCUUUCUAAAGAACGUGAACGUCUUCAGGCAAUGAUGACCCACUUGCACAUGCGACCUUCAGAGCCCAAGCCAUCUCCAAAACCUUUAAAUCUGGUGUCCAGUGUCACCAUGUCAAAGAACAUCUUGGAAACAUCCCCUCAGAGUUUACCUCAAACACCUACUACUCCAACAGCCCCAAUUACUCCAAUUACCCAAGGACCCUCAGUCAUCACCCCUGCCAGCAUACCCAGUGUGGGAGCCAUUCGAAGGCGACAUUCAGAUAAAUACAACAUUCCCAUGUCAUCAGAAAUUGCCCCAAACUACGAGUUUUAUAAAAAUGCAGAUGUCAGACCUCCGUUUACUUAUGCAACUCUGAUAAGGCAGGCUAUCAUGGAAUCAACUGACAGGCAGUUAACACUCAAUGAAAUUUAUAGCUGGUUUACGCGGACAUUUGCCUAUUUCAGGCGCAAUGCAGCCACUUGGAAGAAUGCAGUACGGCAUAAUCUUAGCCUGCACAAGUGUUUUGUUCGAGUAGAAAAUGUUAAAGGGGCAGUAUGGACAGUGGAUGAAGUAGAGUAUCAGAAGAGAAGGUCACAAAAGAUAACAGGAAGCCCACCAUUAGUGAAAAACAUACCUACCAGUUUAGGCUACGGAGCAGCACUUAAUGCAAGCUUACAGGCUGCACUGGCAGAAAGUAGUUUACCUUUACUUGGUAAUCCCGGAUUAAUAAACAACACAUCCAGUGGCUUACUUCAAGCAGUCCAUGAAGACCUCAAUGGUUCCUUGGAGCACAUUGACAGCAAUGGAAAUAGCAGUCCAGGCUGUUCUCCACAGCCUCACAUACACUCAAUCCAUGUCAAAGAAGAGCCAAUGACUGCUGAGGAUGAAGACUGUCCGAUGUCUCUGGUGACAACAGCAAAUCACAGUCCAGAGUUGGAAGAUGAUAGAGAAAUUGAAGAAGAGCCUUUAUCUGAAGAUCUGGAAUGA